AUGUCGGGCGCAGUGCAUGACUUCUACCAACAUCCAAGCAAAGUCUCAACUUCUAGCGGGGCAACAAUCAAUUUCCAUGCGAGAGGGUUGAGUGGGCUUUCGCGGGGUGAUGUCGUGCUUGUCCUCCUGCACGGCUACCCCCAAUCGAGCUAUAUGUUUCGAUCGUUGAUACCUCUUCUGCCUCCCGAGCUGCCGCUUUUUGUUCCAGAUCUUCCCGGGUAUGGUGACAGUACAGCCAAUAGCUUGCGACACGAUAAAAGGACGGUUGGAAAUACCGUCCUGGAAGCCCUGAAAAGGAGCCUUCCGAGCCAGGGAGAUGAACGCCAGAAGAUAAUCAUUGCAGGACACGAUCGAGGCGCACGGGUCUGCCAUCGUCUCGCCGUUGAUGCUCGAGAUACCCCCUCGUUUGAAAUAGUCUCUGUGAUCUUCCUCGACAUCGUCCCCACGGCAGUCCAGUGGGACACGUUUGGCAGCUCCAAAAGUGCGGCCUCCAGAUUCCACUGGUCGUUUCUCGCAAAUGUGGAGAUCGCCACCAAGCUCAUCACCAGCCAUGGCGGAGGCAACUGGUGCUCCGAGCUGAUCCAUCGUUGGGCUGGUCGCAACGAACGAAGGAGGGCUAGAGUUCUGAAUCCAGAAACCCUGGCUGUCUAUUGCCGUCAUUUUGACAAGGAAUCUGUCGUCAGGGCUAGCUGCGAGGAUUACCGUGCUGGGGCUUUCGAAGAUGACGACCUCCAGAGAGAGGAUCAAAAGGCUGGCAACAAAAUCAGGAUCCCGACGUUGGUGAUCUACUCGGAAUCAUAUAUCGGAGCCGCUUACAACGUGGAAUCUACAUGGAGGGACUGGUGCGCGGAUGGGACCAAGCUGGAGACCAAAGCCAUAGGAGACGGCACGGGACAUUUUCUCCCCGAGGAAGCUCCAGAAGAGACAGCCGAGAUCAUGAACAUCUGGCUCAAGCAGUGGAUAAAGUGA